AGAAGAGUGAGCAGGAUCUCGUGGUUGAUGACGAUAGACAGUCCUCCACGCCAAUGAACGGCACCAGACCACAGAGCAGGGAUGCUGGCAGUUUCUCCGAAAAGAUUUCCUCGUCAUCGUGCAGAAAGGACCUAGUGGUGGCCUGCAGUCCCCGCAGCGAGUCGUCAUCGCACUGCUCCAACUCAUCGCAGAACAGACACAACAACAAAGAGAAUAUAUCAGGCUCCAAGGGGCCUUCCUCUCCAAUCACUAUCGGCCCACCAAAUUCUGUCUCACCCCCCGACCACAAGUCCAAACAGUCACAAAUGGAUGCCAUGGGUCGAAUAGACCCCUCCAGCAUCCCACCACCGGGACUCCUCCCACCCACCGCCAUUGCAGCCGCCAUGAAUGGCCUCUCACCUGGUGCACUCUCAUACCUCAGACCACAAAUGAGCCUACUCAUUCCACGUGAGUGCAGACGGACAGAUGCAGCCAGUUCCUUUCCCGCCAGACGCCUUGGUGGGUCCGGGCAUUCCGAGGCAUGCCAGGCAGGUGAACACGCUGAACCACGGCGACGUCGUCUGCGCUGUUACUGUCAGCAAUCCAUGUAGGCAGAUCUACACUGGCGGCAAGGGUUGCGUCAAAGUCUGGGAUAUCAAUCACCCGACCAACAACAAAACUCCCAUAUCUACAUUAGACUGUCUGGUAAAUUAUACGAUUUCGAAUGCAACAAUUCCAAAGCUAAAGAUUUGCUGCUCAACAAAUUACAAGGCAUGUUGUCAACGAUUUCAACAACGAGACAACUACAUUCGCUCUGUGAAGUUACUUCAGGACGGUCGCACGCUGGUCGUCGGCGGUGAGGCAAGCACUAUUUCCAUAUGGGACCUGGCUUCGGCGAGUCCGCGCAUAAAAGCUGAGUUGACAUCAACCGCCCCUGCCUGUUACGCACUGGCGCUCAGUCCCGAAGGAAAGAUUUGUUUCAGCUGUUGCAGCGAUGGAAACAUUGCCGUUUGGGAUUUACACAAUCAAAAGCUCAUUAGACAAUUCCAGGGCCACACGGACGGAGCCAGUUGCAUCGACAUCUCGCCUGAUGGCAACAAGUUGUGGACGGGCGGACUAGACAAUUCCAUGAGAUCCUGGGACUUGAGGGAGGGCCGACAACUCCAACAACACGAUUUUGCUUCUCAAAUAUUUUCUCUUGGAUAUUGUCCCACUGGCGAUUGGCUGGCUGUUGGAAUGGAGAGCAGUAACGUGGAGGUCCUACACCACACGAAACCAGAGAAGUACCAACUCCAUCUGCACGAAAGUUGUGUCCUCUCACUGAAGUUUGCUUAUUGUGGGAAGUGGUUUGCCAGCACUGGGAAGGACAAUUUGUUGAAUGCCUGGAGGACUCCGUACGGUGCAAGUAUUUUUCAGUCGAAAGAAUCCUCAUCAGUACUAUGUUGUGACAUAUCGAUGGAUGACAAGUACAUCGUCACAGGUUCUGGAGACAAGAAGGCCACUCUUUACGAAGUCAUAUUUUGAGAUAACCCCACAAUACCCUCCCACAUGACUUGCAUAUUCAUUUGUAUCAAUAUUUUAUUAUCAGUUGAUUCAUUUACGACUAUCGUCAAUUUAAAUCAUAAAAAAUUCUUAUCAUCUAUCACCAUCCGCCAACCAACUUUGUAGUUUAAAUUUUGUUUAGUCGCAUUCGACACGCGUCGCUAAAGUUUUAAUUUUGUCUGCCGUCUGUAGAGCCGGUUCUUUCUCGUCAUCGUCACGUUAAUUGCACAUUUAUUGAAAAAGAAACACAAUGUUUAUGUUUUAAAAUAGUUUAAAUUCGUUUUUAAUUUUGUUAGGUGUUGUUUAGUUCAUUUUUUCAACGGCGUUUCCAUCGUUCUUUUAAACACACCAUGAAAUAUUUUCAUCCGCUUAUUUACAUGUACUCUCCGUUUUUUUAAUUGUAUAUUAACUUCAUAUAAUAUUUAUUUGAAUGUAUAGUGGUCCGAUACUUCAACUAGGUACGUCGUCUACUCUAUAGAGUUUGAUAUUUGUAUGAAUUUUUGUCAUUAAUCUCCCUCUCUCUCCCUCCCUCUCGCCCUCUCUUUCUCUCUAUCUCUUUCUCUCAAAUUUCAACAAUAAUUUUGUAAUAUUUUUGGUUGUUGAAAUAAAACUUCUUCGACAUGUAAAUAAAAUAAAAACUUUGAAACACGAA